AUGUUCCGCCUGACCAAACAAGCUGACUACGGCAUCGUCUUGAUGACCCAUUUGGCUCAAGAUGGUGAUCGCCGUCUGACUGCGCCAGAGCUGGCGGCCGAGACUCAGAUUCCGCUACCGAUGGUCAGCAAAACGCUGCGGUUAUUGGUCCGUGAAGGGCUGUUGGUCUCCCACCGCGGGGCCCAGGGCGGCUAUGCCUUGGAACGCGCUGCUCGCGAGAUUACGGUAGCGGCGAUGAUCUCGGCGCUUGAUGGCCCGAUCGCCUUUACCGAGUGCAUCGACGACACGCCAGGUGAGUGUAGCCAGGAAGCCGUCUGCCGGCUGCGCUCCAACUGGCAGAUGAUCAACAACAGUGUCCGAGAAGCGCUCGAAGGAGUGACGCUCGAGAUGCUCGCCUUGCCGCUGCAUCCCCAGCUAGUUCAGCUUGGACGCGGCACUGAUACUAGCCAAGGGCUCUGA